AUGGCAAAAGCCUAUCAAUUGAUAUACAACUCCAAAGAAGCAAUACCGUUCGCUCUUGGGAAGAGUAGGUUUUUGCUACUAUAUUACCUCGCUUCACAGUCUACACAGACAGCUGAAAUGAUUUCGAAUGUUGAUGCGAGCAAGGGACACCAUCGAAUAUGGAAAGACCACGGAAACUCAUUCCAGAAAAGAAUUAGAUAUAACCUGCAGGUAUUUUUACCAAAAGCUUCUCUCGGCUGGUCACAGCAGACUACGGCUGCAUUGCAUCGAAGAAUCUUUCUAACGUCAACUAGUUUUAGCCAAGCAAAGCCCAAGGAGACUUGCAUACCAAAUCUAAUUCUGAUCCGAUUGCUUAACAGCCCAGCAUUGCUCGAACAGUUGAAGAUCACCUUUCUAAGCGAAAGCUCCGAAAAGUCAAAGGGGAAAAAAAAAAAAAAAGGUCAACUCAUGUUGGGCAUCUUGUUACUACAUUUACUGCAUGCAUAUCGGUGUGAGUGUGUGAAGAGAGCAAGAGAUUUGGGUCAUAAAUAUCGCAAUCGGCGAAUGCAAGAUUUAGAGGGUCAAUGA